CGGUGAAGUUGGGCUCUUUUCGACUGGAGAGACAACCCGCAUUUCUAACACCCGAGUUGAGAGAACCGCACCCUCGUGGGGCUGUUAGCUCUCGGCCGAAUUCGCGCGUCCCGUUCCUGAGAGUCGCCCUACCGGAAGCCUGGCAUUUUCGCUUUUCUUUCGCGUCGGAGGGUCCUUUUCUUUCAGAAUCUGCUCUGCAGUUGCCUCAGUGGCGGAGAUGUUGGAUUCGACGCCUUCGGUGUGUACCAUGAAAAACUAUUUUCCCAUGCCAAUCGCUGCCGUCACUCAAAGCGGCGAGCGUCGUAACUGGUUCCUCAGCCACUUGCCGCAGCGGGUCAUCUCUGCGUAGCUCAUGUACUCCCACAUUUUCGCGUUGUUGACCCACUGUCCGUCAGGCAGGUCUUUCCGUGUACAAAGUUUCCCACCCUGCCUUGUCCAAAAAGUGCGUUGCGAGUGAGUCGAGCUCGGCCGCCUCUCCCAAAUUGACGCGAGGGCGAGUGAGCCUUAGAAACUAGCAUCGAAACUCGAGUGUAGGCGGCAGGGGCUUUUCGUGAGAUCCGCAGAACACACCGUUCCCACUAUUCAGCUGAGACGCGAUUUUCCUGCGUAUUUGUGAAAUUUCGUCGUGUUUGCCGAGAGAUAUAAGCUGCAGUAUAUUUAAGGAGGAAAACGCCGACACCGGCGUCUUGUUACCAAGGAUCGGACACCACACGUCUCUUCUUGUCUCUCCCUAGCAGUCGGCGUAGGUGUCUCAUUUCCCUUUCCCACAUUUUUAACAUUCUCCACAAAGCUGCGUGAUUUUUUCCACGACGCUCACUGGAACUCCACCUUUUGGAGUGUCGACUUGGUCUCUCAUUCCGGACCUCUGAGCGCGGCGAACGCGGCUUGCUACGUGUCUGCUUUCGCAGUUUUCAGACCUUGAAGCUAAGCGUCGAACUGGGUAGACUACAGCUCGUGGAAAAACUUCUUAAGACUCCUGGCAUGACCGAUGAACUGCACACCAAAGACUCCUUAACCUGAACUGAGGAGUCAAUUAAGUACAAGUCACCGCAGAAGGAUUCGAAAGGCUGCUCGUCGCGUCCGAUGGGUGGACAGGUGGGAGACAGAAGCUUCCAGGACCCCUCUUUCCGUUCACGUCGCGUCUGUAAUUUUUCGGUGGCUUCGUCUCACGCAAGCGCCUCUAUACCGUGGCUGUGCUCGCUCUCUGGUCUAGUGUGGACAUUUUCCCACCGUCCGUGAUCCUAUCCCUUUCUUGAGAACCCACGAGUUCGACCACCCGUUUGAGUCCAGCACUAAGGUUGUCCACUGUUUGCAUGGACUGCGGCGUGAGGGAGAAAGUUUUGUAUUUCAGAAAGAGGACUGCGGUCGCUCUUCUUCUAGCCGGUUGGCCUCUCGGACGCGUUUCCCCUGCUGCUUUCUUCGUCAGCCGCUGUCGCACGUAGCUCUCGGCUGUGUCGGCCUGCGGACGUGUCCCUUCUGUCUGAAAGCGAGUUCGUAGACGACUUUUCCACUGCCGGAAAACUUUCCCCGGGUUUAACAGUCUCGUCACCCGGACCAGGUCAGUCUGCGUCCAUUUUUCUCUGCCCGAUUUUCCCUUGAGGCCAAUGGAGAGACUCCCGAGAGAAGCGCUGUAGACGGAAACCGGCCCUCUCUCCAGAUUCGCAUCUCCUGCAAAGCGCCUCUGUGGACUACGCCUCCCGUCGCGAACCCAUCUUCAACAGGGGCGGCAACGAUACAACCUCGUGAUUCCUGAGUUCUCGCGGGUAGAGGCACCUCGCUUUCGCCGAUUCUCUCUGCCUCGUCGCCAUGAUGCCAGUCGCUGCAACAAAGACGAGCCCCGUGACGGCGGUGGUUCCAGGGGACUCAGUGGCCUGUUCCCGCCUGCAAAUGCGUCUGAACGGAGACGCGACCGGCGCGCAAGGCUUCUGUGUCUCGACACCGCGGACCGAGAAGGCUUCUGCCACGCGCUGCUCGACCCCCUGCAACAUGUUCAGUGGCAGAAACACGGACGUUCCGGAGGACGGGAAGGACGCCGCGGCGGUCGGAGAAGGAAAUACGAAGCGCGGGCUCGAUGAUUUCGAUGCGGACUACGGCUGCCGCGGGGGUGACUGCUGUGACACGUCCACCAAGCCUCACUUCUUCUCCCUUUGCACCAAGUGUGCAAAUGAAGGCAAGGACAAGUCUCAGCACGAUCGACGAGAACCUGUUCGCGGGCUCAUCAUUCGAAGCGAGAGCUUCAUGAACGCGUCAGAAGCGUCCCGUUGGGAAAUCGAAGCACAGUGCAACAGCACGUGUCCUGGCGACGGCUUUGAUGGCGCCUCGGGGACAACCGCGGCCGACGGCAUUCCUGCCUCACCACAGCCUGAGGCGCCUGUCUUCGAUCGCUCCAAGAUCGUCCAUGAAGUGCUUCUCAAGGACGGACAACAGAUCACUGAUAUCUACGACACGCCAAAUGGAACGAGUUUGGGGAAAGGGUCGUACGGUUCCGUGGUCAAGGCGAAGGAUUUGAAGACGGGUAUCAUGCGCGCGAUCAAAAUCGUGUACAAACCCCGAAUUGAUAACGUCACGCGGCUCAAAAGAGAGAUUCUCAUAAUGAAAAGACUGGACCAUCCAAACAUCAUCAAGCUUCUCGAGGUGUAUGAAGACAUGAAGAACCUCUACUUGGUCAUGGAACUGUGCACAGGAGGGGAACUCUUUGAGAGGAUCAUCAAAUCCGGACACUUCUCCGAGCGCUAUGCUGCCUCGCUGAUGAAGCAAGUCUUUUCAGCAGCUUCGUACUGUCACUCCCAAAAUGUGAUUCACAGGGAUCUCAAACCUGAGAACCUGCUGUACGCAGACAGCUCUCCCCUUUCUGCUCUCAAAGUGAUAGAUUGGGGAUUUGCAGCACGAUGCGGCAAGAGCCACAAAUUCAGCAGCGUUGUCGGCACGCCGUACUACGUGGCCCCCGAGGUUCUUUUUGGGAAGUACGGAAGCGAGUGCGACAUGUGGAGUGCAGGAGUCAUUCUGUACAUUCUGCUUUGCGGCUACCCACCAUUCCACGGAAAAGACAACCAGGAAAUCUUGAAGAAAGUUCAGGUGGGCGAGUACUCGUUCGAUCCGCGCCACUGGCGACGGGUGUCGGACCACGCGAAGGACCUGGUCAAACGUUGUUUGACGUACGUGCCGGGGAAGCGCAUAUCGGCGGCCGAGGCUUUGAGGCAUCCGUGGAUUCAGUGCUACACCGCAGGAGCCGGGAGGCCAGAGCGGCCGAUUCCUGCUCGUCUUGGCGGCGACCUGAUCGAGAGAUUCAAGGCUUUUCAGAGACUGCACAAGCUGAAGAAACUGGCCAUCACAUGCGUGGCGUAUCAGCUGAACGACGCGGACAUCGGGAUGCUGCACGACGCCUUCGCUGCCCUGGACACGAACGCGGACGGAGUCCUGACUGUCGCCGAAAUUCAGCAGGGCUUGAAGCAGUGCUGCGUAGCCGGCGAGGAAAUUAAUGAUAUCUUGAAGGAAAUGGACACCGACGGGAACGGCACCAUUGACUACACGGAGUUCAUAGCUGCGUCGAUUGACCACAAGAUCUACGAACAAGAAUCCGCGUGCCAGGCCGCCUUCAAGGUCUUCGACCUAGACGGCGACGGAAAGAUCACUGUAGACGAACUCCAGAAGGUGUUGGAGACACGCUGUGUCCAAGAGGCCUUCAGCAAAGAAGCCGUGGCAGAAAUGAUGAAGGAGGGCGACUCCAACAACGACGGCUGCAUUGACUUCGACGAGUUUAUGCGGAUGAUGCGGAGCCGACAAAGGAAGGCGUCUGAGUCGUUGUCCCCGCUUGCACGAGCUCGGGCGCUCCUGUACCGCCGAUACGAGAACUGAACAAGGCGGGCUUGUACACACAUCCCUUCCUGCGUCCGUAUCACUUUCUGUGUGUCAAGUGGUUGCGUUUCCAGCUGUUGUCGUCUUCUCGUCUGCCAUGCCUCUCGAUGUCAACGUACCCGCGGCCCGACCGUGCAGCUGUUCGGACGGCGGAGAGUGUCGGUGCGUCCGGUCGGAUCUGUUAAUCCAGUGAUGGAGACGCAGAAAGCAGAGGGGGUGUUUUCCUCGUUACAGUUUGAACCUUUGUGUUUUCUAUUGCUCUUCCAGUGCUUCUUCGCUUCCCACUAUCCCCAGUAGACAUGUGCGUCGCGUUGAGGUUGUGACGGUGUCUUGUCCUGAGCGUCGAGCCAGGUAUGCAAUGAGCCAUGACUGAGUCGUCCUCUUGUUCAUCACGCGGCCUGUACCAUGUUUGUGGUGUCUCGUUACACCAAGUCUUCAAUCUUUUCCUCAGGAAGCAGAAUUCGAGUGGAAUGCAAGGUUCUAGAGAAGGCGUGAGGGAGUUUCGCUUGUACAAUGGAGUGAGGCAUUCUGGAAAUGUGAGCACCUGCCGAUCUUGUCAAUCGGCAGGCGUGUUUGAUGCGUAUGUGUCAUCGGGUGUGUACGCUGCACACCGCGUACUCGCGGCUGCAUGCGCGUACGCACGCGUCCCUACAGAAGUCCGUGAAGCGUGUUUUUUCCAGCCCGAUAGACAAGAUCAUGUAUGUGUCCAAGUCUCGCUCUCGUGUUAAGGGCGACGCUGAGCGAGGAAAAUGUGUUUUUCCGGAAAACGUUUGCUUCGAAAGUGGGAGAAGGGACAUGGGCAAAGAGACAGCUCUGCCCGGCUCUUUGGUUCCCACAGCUACCCUAUGACAAGCAUAGCGGUGCGACAGAUGACGAUUCUUCCGUGGAAGGUGCAUGCUGUGGCGUCGCUGUUUUAUCUCACAUCUCGUAAAACAAAGGAUGCUGUUCUCUGAUCAGGAUCCCAACUGUGGGAUGCACCCGUCCGGCAGACAGCUGCAUCCUUACUUGCUGUUCUCAGAACGCAACACUUCGUUUUUUGCUUUGCCUGCAUUCGUGUAGAUGCCAGGAUGAAGUGGUGUGUGUAGAGGAACGGGAGGACUGCGAAAAGAUGACCGGAACGUGUGAGCAUCUGUUGUGAAGUGCAAUCUCGGGCGGCGGGUAGCGCGUGGCGGAGACACAAAGGAAACGAGAGAGAUGUCAAGGGUCUCUUGUACUUCCCACCCCCGUACGGGUGGGCAGUGAGUGUGUGUGUAGUGACUGAAGGAAAACGACUCACUUUGUUUUUCUGUCAUUGCUUCUGCCCGCAAAGGACAGAAACAGAACACGUCGGAAGAAUGUAUCGGAGAUUGUUUGUGUCCGUGGGGCAGCGUCGAAGUCCAGGAGAAAGUAGACGUGCGCCACAUAAAUUUAGUUGCUUUAAAGCAAGGCUAACGAAUGAAGAGCGCUGUGGAGGCAUCGAAACCUUUCUGUACGCAUGCAGGAGGAACCCGACGGUCCCACCCGUCAUGGUAUUCCUUUGGGGAAGACAGUCACCUCGACCUGCAGCAUCUGGGAACAAAUAUCGCGGAACUGUGACAGAGCCAGCGGGAGCCACGUUGGCUGCUCCGUCUUUGAACGGCUACAUGGUUGCGUACAAAGGCUCAUGCAUGGAGAAAUGUUUGCGCGCACUGCGGCAUGCCCAAUUUUUUCUGCACAUGAAGCAACACUCUUUGUGUUCGUGAAGACGUACGUACCGUGGCAACUUUUGGGCACAGACCAGUCUUAGUCUCGGGAAAGUUCGAGUCGCGGACAGAAAAGUGCGUCUAACGAAUGAUUGCUCUUCCUCCAAACUUUAUGUUUUUCGUUCGUAUCUUGUCCUGACACAGUGCACAGCGGCAGAUGGGAGGGCGUCGGGAAGAUAGGGGAAGCAUGCACCCAAAAACACGCGUCGGGUUUCUGGUGGUGACGACCGCCAUCUAGACGGACGCAGGUGAACAAUGUGUACAAUGCAACUGCGUUUGCGUUUCAAUGAGAAAACAUCUUUUGUGCUUCCGUGGCUCUUGACCCCGGCGCGGCGAAUCCCCGUCAUGCAUGCUUUUGCGGCGACUUAAACAAGGAGUCUCCAUGGCCCAGGGUGCCCUUUUACAUAACGACAUCUGUUUCUGAAAGUAGGCACUUCUUCCACAAAUGUUGUGUCUCGAGAAGGCACGACUUCCCUUCGGGGUUGGGGUGGACUUGUGGACUCGUUUUUCUCGCCAUAAGCCUCGUUGCUUUUGAUUAGAGAAUGUGACGCGUGCAUGAGCCUUCUCUUCCUCCUUUGAAAACAUGUUAGGACAACCAGGCGGGGAAACCUGCCAUCGCGAGAGCAACACCUCUCUGGUGCAGACACCGAAAACAUCAGACUAGUCGGCAAAAAUCUCUUCUCCGCAGAGGACGGC